AAGAUUUGGUCACGCUGACAUCAACCCUGCCUUUGGGAGUGAAAUGCGAAUUUAUUUACAAAAUUGCCAAUACGUGAAAAAUAAGGCUGUGUGUAAUAAAUGCGUUAAUAAUUUUAUCACCAUUUGGAAUCUGCACUCCUGAAUGCCGUACUGCAGAUAAAAGGAAUUUGUGUGGUUUGUGUGAUUGUGCAAUGUACGCGGAGAAAAAGAUUGUAAGGGAGAGCGCGGCCCUGUUUAUGUGGUCAAGAUGUGAUUUGGCUACAGAUUCAACAUUCAAACAACGACCAAAACAAUAAACCCCGCGACCAGGCUAAUUUUAGCGUGUGAGACAAGAACAAUAAGAUCACACAAGCGGGCAGCCAAUCAACAAUAACAACAGCAAAGCCAACAACAUCAACAACUAAGCGUACAGAGCGCGCGCGUCUGUAUGCGUGUCUGUGUUUAACUCUAAGUGAACGUGUGUGUGUUUGUGUGUGUAGAAAGUGCGGACGUCAGGCGUUGGCUGUUGUCGCCUUCUUCGUCGCGGUCGCGGUUGCCGUCGCAGUCGAGCUGUAUCAAUCACAACCAUGUCCAGAAUUACAUUGACCACGUUAUCACACAGUGGAGGCUUAAGCAGUAGUAGUAGUAACAACAACGGCAAUAACGACACACGCUCUGGGACGCUGACGCAUCUAAUGGAAGAGCAUCAGCAGCAGACGGGGACGAGAGCUGGAAUGUCAGGCAGAGGAUCGUCCGAUAGUCCUGUUGCUGGUGGCUUGCUGUCAGAUGGAGCAGAUAGACUACGGCGACAGGGGAGUCGACUGCAGACGUCGCGAUUCGCCUGCAUGCGAUGCUGCGGUAACUUUCUCACCUAUUUGGUUCGAUUGCGCAGCACACCUGAAGAACUGGAACAACGCUACAAAUCCAAAGAAAUCGAUCGGUUUUUAGAAAAGGAGAAGCAUACGUUUCGACGGCAGGUUAAAUUGUUGCUCCUGGGCGCUGGCGAGUCUGGCAAAUCAACCUUCCUCAAGCAGAUGCGCAUCAUACAUGGUGUGAAUUUUGAGCCGGAGCUACUGCGCGAAUACCAACAUGUGAUAUACCAAAAUGUUGUAAGAGGUAUGCAGGUCCUCCUCGAUGCACGGGAAAAGUUGGACAUCUCUUGGGGCAGCAAUGGACGUGAGCAGGACGCUAAUGACGCCAAAUUAAUGGAGUGCAAUGCAAUAGAGGCAGAUCGAUUUGUUGAAUAUGCGCCGCUUAUCAAGCGACUUUGGCAGGAUCGUGGCAUUCGACGAGCCUACGAGCGACGACGAGAAUUUCAAAUUAGCGAUUCGGUCAGUUACUUUUUAGACGAAAUCGAGCGACUGGCAAAACCCGAUUAUGUGCCCACUCACAAAGAUAUUCUGCACUGCCGCAAAGCCACUAAAGGUGUCUACGAGUUUUGUGUCAAAGUUCAAAACAUUCCAUUUGUAUUUGUCGAUGUGGGCGGACAGCGUACACAGCGCCAAAAGUGGACUCGAUGCUUUGAUACCUCAGUUACGUCGAUUAUAUUCUUAGUUUCCAGCUCAGAAUUUGAUCAAGUACUGGCAGAAGAUAGAAAAACCAAUCGUCUGGAGGAGUCUAAAAACAUUUUCGAUACCAUUGUGAAUAAUAACACAUUCAAAGGCAUUUCAAUAAUAUUGUUUUUGAACAAAACCGAUUUGCUCGAGCAGAAAGUGCGCAAUCCAGAGACUGAUAUACGCUGGUACUAUCCACAGUUCAAUGGUAAUCCGCAUUCACUCUUAGACGUACAGAACUUUAUGCUGCAAAUGUUUAUGAGCGUGCGUCGCAGCACUAGCACCAGCCGGAUCUAUCAUCACUUUACCACUGCCAUAGACACGCGCAACAUCAAUGUGGUGUUCAAUUCGGUGAAGGAUACGAUUCUACAGCGCAAUCUUAAUGCCCUAAUGCUGCAGUAGUAAUUACAUACAUAAAGGGCCAUCCUCAUGGUCGUGAUCAUCAUCAUAGUUAUUCACGAAUCUCGCGCCAGCUCUGGUAAAAUUCACUACUAUACAGAUACAUAUACCAUAAACAUAUAUAUAUAUAUAUACAUGCAAAACGAAAGUGCCAGGCUGUCAGGAAAAAUUCAAAUUUGUAAAGGGCCGAACCAAUUUGUUGUUAACUUUUUAAAAUGGUUUAAUUAUUCAUAAAUCUUGUAUUAAAUGAAAUUAUUAUAUUAUUUUUAUAGCAUUUACUUUUAAAAUAUGUAUUCUAUUUAUGCAUAAAUGUAUAUAAUUCAUUGUGUAUGUGUUCCGCAUGUGGCUUGCUGCUAACAGACUUUAUUUAUACCCAAAAAAAAAAAGAAAAACAAAAUAAUUCGAACAUUGCAGCUACAAAAUAUUCAUAUUAUUAGAAAUCUAAACACACGCAUGUAUAAAUAAUAAUUAUUUUUUUAUUAAUAACUCAGUAUAUUUAUGCCUUUUGCUACUAUGACGUUAUACAAGGAUAUGUUAUAUACAUAUUAUUUAUAUAAAUAUAUAUAAAUACAGUCUACUUGGCAUAUGUAUUGUCAACAGAAAAGUCGAAUAUUUACACAUAUAUACUGUAGUUUAUAUAAAAUGAGAGAGUUUAUUGCUAAGCACGAGAUUUUCUCAUAGAGAAAAGUCUGCAAACAAAUGUACCAAUUUACAAAAAAAGAAAUUACUGAAAACACCAACAAUAAUAAAUAUAACUCACAAAAAUUACCUAAUCUAAAACGAGUUUCAAUUUGCAAUGCUAUUUGGGUCCCUUAACCAUUUUUUGCCUUUCUCCCUUCAAUUUAUCAAAAAUAGAGUGAUUCCUUUUUACACUCGGGUUCAUAGGUUUAUUUGGGUCUAUUUAAUUACAAAGAGCUGUUAAUAUUAUUAUUAAUUUUAUUAUUAUGUUUGCUGCAUUUGUUUUCACAUAUUGAACUACAUGUAAUUUUUGGAAUGUCAUAAAAUCGCCUUCACUUCUAUUAACUAGUACGCCAAGUCAAAAUAUACAAUAAACAAUUUUUGCUGUAGAGAUAUUAAAAUAAUAAAUACAUAUUUGUAAUUAAAAAUAAAA